GAGGCCGAUGUGCGGUGCCGGCGGCGGCUGCGGCGCUCCGGGGCCCGGCCGCGCUGCGGAGAGCGGGCACAGCCACGGGGCCUGAGGCGCUCCGGGGGCUCCCUCGGCGCCCGCACCACCGUGACCCGCCCCGCGGAGGGGCGGCGGUGGGUCCCCAGCGCGCCGGUGCCCGUCCGCCCCCGGUGCCUCCGCCCGCGGGCCCCGUCGGGCUUUGCACGGCCAAAAGUUAAAAUGGGUGGUGAUGGUGUCCCAGUAGAUCAUUGGCGUAUUGGGGAGAAAUGCCUUGCCCCUUGUUUUGAAAAUGGAAAACUUCAUGAAGGAGUAAUAACUUCUCUUGAAACGGACAAGAAUGGAAAAUCAUUUGCUGUUGUAUCAUUCUUGGAGUCUGAAGAAAGGAAAAUACUAAUAACAAAACUUUGUAAAGUGAAAGACAGUAGAGGACCCUGGAAAAGCUUAAUAUUUGAUGAGGGUGAUCUGGAAAAGCCAUAUUUUCCUGACCAAAAUCUUCCAUCUCCUGGAGUUGCUUUUAAAUUAUCUGACAAUGGUGAUUUUAUCCCGUAUACAAUUAACAGAUACCUGCGUGAUUAUCAAAGGGAAGGAGCCCAGUUUUUGUAUAGACACUAUGCUAAUAAACGAGGGUGUAUUCUUGGAGAUGAUAUGGGCCUUGGAAAGACAAUACAGGUCAUUUCAUUUUUGGCUGCAGUGUUGCACAAAAAGGGAACACGUGAGGAUAUUGAAAAUAAUAUGCCGGAGUUUUUACUGCGGACAAUGAAAAAGGGCUCAGAUUGUCACCCCAAGAAGAUUUUCCUCAUAGUGGCCCCUCUUUCAGUGCUGUACAACUGGAAGGAUGAGUUGGACACAUGGGGAUACUUUAAAGUCUCUGUCUUACAUGGCAGUAAAAAAGAUGAUGACAUGAGUCGCAUCAAGCAAGGGAAAUUUGAAGUUGCUCUUACAACUUACGAGAUACUUCGCCUGUAUUUGGAUGAAUUUAACAGUAUAGAGUGGUCUGCUGUGAUAGUGGAUGAAGCACAUAGAAUCAAGAAUCCAAAGGCUCAAAUAACUCAAACCAUGAAGUCAUUAAAAUGCAGUGUUCGCAUAGGUCUUACUGGAACCAUUCUUCAAAACAAUAUGAAGGAACUUUGGUGUGUUAUGGACUGGGCUGUACCAGGACUUUUAGGUAGCAGAGUACAUUUCAAGAAGAAAUUUUCUGAUCCAGUGGAGCAUGGCCAGAGGCACACUGCAACUAAAAGAGAGCUAGCAACAGGUCGUAAGGCCAUGGUGAAGCUAGCAAGAAUAAUGUCUCGCUGGUUUCUGAGACGUACCAAAGCGCUUAUCAGUGAUCAGUUACCAAAAAAGGAAGACAGAAUGGUGUUUUGUUCCCUCACUGAAUUCCAGAAAGCUGUGUACCAGGCUGUGCUAGAGACAGAUGAUGUAACCUUGGUAUUAAGAGCAGGAGAGCCCUGUAGCUGCAACAGUGGACGGAAGAGGAAGAACUGUUGUUACAAAGUAAAUGCACAUGGUGAAACGAUUAAGUCAUUGCGCUUCAGUUACCUAAUGAUCCUACAGAAGGUUGCAAAUCAUGCUGCACUGCUGCAGACAGACAACACUAGCAAGCUGCAGGAAGCACAUAUCAAACGAGUUUGCAGCCAGGUAUUUUCCAGUUUUCCAGAUUUUAUGCAGUUCAGCAAAGAUGCAGCCUUUGAAACUAUUUCAGAUCCAAAAUACAGUGGAAAAAUGAAGGUCCUUCAGCAGCUUCUAAAUCACUUCCAAAAAAAUAAAGAUAAAGUUCUUCUUUUCUCCUUUUCCACAAAGUUGCUAGAUGUGCUAGAACAGUACUGCAUGGCAUCUGGGCUAGAUUACCGAAGACUUGAUGGAAAUACAAAAUCAGAAGAUAGGAUCAGAAUUGUAAGAGAGUUCAACAGCCUUCAGGAAAUUAACUUAUGUCUUGUAUCUACAAUGGCUGGUGGACUGGGUCUUAAUUUUGUUGGUGCCAAUGUUGUUAUACUGUUUGAUCCUACAUGGAAUCCAGCAAAUGAUCUUCAAGCAAUUGACAGAGCUUAUAGAAUUGGCCAACACAGAGCUGUUAAAGUGUUUAGAUUGAUAUCCUUGGGAACUGUGGAAGAGAUGAUGUACUUGCGACAAGUGUAUAAACAGCAACUUCACUGUGCAGUGAUUGGAACUGAAAAUGCCAGGCGGUAUUUCGAGGCAGUGCAAGGAUCAAAGGAACAUCAAGGAGAGCUUUUUGGGAUUCAUAACCUUUUCAAACUUAGGACUCACGGGUCCUGUCUUACCAAAGACAUACUGGAGAGGGAAGGACGGGUAGAAGCGGGAGUCAUGACAACAACUACAUGGCUGAAGGAAGAGAAUCAUUCAUGCAGCUCAGAAAAGAAUUAACAGCCAGACUGUCAAGAAGAUGGAGAUCCCCAAAGCAUUCGGGCACAAUUAAAAAGAGAAGAAACUGAUUUUUGGGAUGAUUUGAGUGAUGAUGAUAUUCUGCAGAGUUCUGUGAAAAAAUCUGU